AUGAUUAAUGGGUUUAUCCAAUCUAGCCGAGAUAUUAAAAUUGCACUUAUAAAAACAAAACAUUUUGAUGAUGAUGAUGAUGAUGGUAACGACGAAGAUGAUGAGGUUGAUGAUGGUGACGACGGUGACAAAGAUGAUGGUGACAUCGGUGGCAAAGAUGAUGGUGACGUCGGUGACAAAGAUGAUGGUGACAUCGGUGACAAAGAUGAUGGUGGCGUCGUUGACAAAGAUGAUGGUGACGUCGGUGACAAAGAUGAUGGUGACGUCGGUGACAAAGAUGAUGGUGACAACGGUGACAAAGAUGAUGGUGACGUCGGUGACAAAGAUGAUGGUGACAACGGUGACAAAGAUGAUGGUGACAUCGGUGACAAAGAUGAUGGUGACGUCGGUGACAAAGAUGAUGGUGACGUCGGUGACAAAGAUGAUGAUGAUGGUUACAUUGAUGUCGAAGAUGAAGAAGAUUACGACGACAUCUAUUAUAAGAUUAUCUCAUAUCACUUUUGUAUAAAUUUAAAGAAGUUUUCACUUUUCACAAAAGAAACAUAUUUUAAAAUGCAAAUAUAG